AUGAUAUGCUCGAACGAGUCACGAACAGUGUUAGCUGGCGCCAAUACGACGUCCUAUAUUUGCGAGGAGUACGAAAUUGUCGUACGAAUAGUGGAUCGUGGACUGGAUGAUGGCACUGGUGAUGGCCAGAAGAAUCGAGAGGAAGAGAGAAGAGGAAAGAUAGAGACGAAGAGAGGGCGAAGUGAAAGAGAAAGAAAAAAAAAGGAAGAAGAGAAAGAAAGAGAAAAAAAAGUUAGAGGACGAGAAAGGAAAGGGAGUUUAGGUCGAGAAGCGGCAUCACGGAACGGCGCGACGCGACGCGGAGGGUCGAGGGAAGAAAAGAGGCCGAGGCGGGAGAUCGGAGAUCCGAAAGCUCGGAGGAAAUACGCUGGCACGGCAGACGCGCGGCGACGAGAUAUCAAGAAGACGGUCGGUACAGGACGUGUGCGCUUUAUCACGAAGGGAAAACCAAGGUCGCGGCUACUAUCAUGGACUACCGAAAGUGAAGCGUAUCGAUUAGAAGAGCGAGCAUAACGCAAUCAAAUGUCAAACGUAAUACGCCGUGCAUUCGAUCUAAUGAUUUAUCCUUGACAGGAAAAAUCAAGGAAAAAAAGAGAAAAAAAAGGAGAAAGGCCCAGUACUUCUCGGAUCUCCUGUGAUAGAAUCCGUGGUCCCAAUUGGAGCAUGCUCGGCAGAUUGCAGUUGAUACAGUUGCACGCGUAGCACCGUUACGUUUUCUAUGCAAUAAUCGUCGUUGUGUCGUAACAUAUCGCCGCUCGUGAUUUUUUAUCAAGUUUAUCCUUCCCUUCCUCGCCCUCUCGAUAUCAAUCGACCGCCCCGUAUCUCCCGCCCACCCUGCACACACACACACACACACACAUACACACACACACACACGCACUUACACACACAUACACACAU